AUGCGCGCCGCCGCGGCCGCGUCGAUCGCGCCGGCGAGCGCGUCGCCGCGCGCGCGACGGACGCGCGCGCGCGCGCGGACGCGCGCGGACGCGUCGUCGUCGGCGUCGGCGUCGUCGUCGCGCGGCGACCAUCGAGAGACGCGCCUCGGCGCCGAAGUCGCCGAAAAUGACGACGUUGUUGGAUUCGACGCGCGAUCGAUCGUCGUCGUCGCGGACGACGCGCCGCCGUCUCUGAGGGUCCCUCUGACGCGCCGCGCCGCGCUCGCGGCGGCGUCGCUCGCGCCGCUCGCCGCCGCCUCGCCCCCAACGUCCCUCGCGACGACGGAGAUGGUCUACGACGGCGCGCCCGUGACCGCGUUCGCGUUCAACGUGACCCUGGACGUCGUCUCAAUUCGAGGGACCGCGCCGGGGGAGUGGUGCGAUCAGUUCAACCGAACGAUGUCCGGGAAGGGCAAAGCGUCGCUGUCGACGGGGACGACGCCGCAGGACGUGUACGACGGCCUCGUCGCGGUGACGCCGCCGCGACCGAUGGUCGCGGCGCCGGGCGGCGGACCCGGCGGCCUCGCGCCGACGCCGCCGCCGCCGAAGAAGAAGGGGAAGGGAGGCUCGACUUUGCCCGUCGCAUCUCUCCGCCCAUGGUCCCUCGCUUUCAAUCUCCGACAAUAUGACGCCUUUCAACUUCAACUGACGCCUUUCAACUCCACCCCGAUAUCAUCGCUCGUACGGAACGGCCCUAAGAUCGCCAAGGCGGACGUCGUCUCGUUGGGGGACGAGUUCCUCGCGCCCGCGAUUCAGAACGGGCUCAUCUUGCCGCUGCCAGACGACGUCGCGAACGCGGAGUGGUACGCGCGGCUGCCCGCGGUGUGGCGCGCGUUGGCGUGUCGCGACGCCUCCGGGUAUCCCGCGCCGCCGCCGCCGCCGGGGAGUUAUAAGAGGGGGGCGAACGCUAAUAGUAACGGCUCUUCCGCGGCCGUUUCAGCGUCAGCCUCGACCGCGGAGGCCAAUAACGGAAGAUACGGGAAGCUAUACGGCGUGCCGUAUCGAUGGGGAUGCUACCUCAUCGCGUACCGCAAGGACAAGAUCCCGCGCGGUCUGCGUCCGCCGACGGAUUGGCCGGAUUUGUUCCGGCCGCAGUAUAAAAAAAAAGUCGGGAUAGCGUCCGGCUCGAGGUUUAUGCUCACGGUCGCGCUGCGCGCGGGCGGGCGCUCCGCGAACGCGACGGACGUGGACGACGCGACGCGGAACCGUCUGUACGACUUGCGCACGACGCAGCUCGCGACGCAGGUGGACCUGGACGCGCUCCAAGGGUUGAGCAACGGCGACGUUUGGAUAAUCGCCGGAAACUCCGACGACGUCUUGAAAACCGCGGCGAAGAGCUCCAACAUCGGCGUCGUCGUGCCGUCGUCCGGGACGACGCUCUACGCGGACGCGUGGUGCGUCCCCGCCGCGGCGCUGGACAAACCCGGUGGGGUGUCGCCGCUCGUCGAUCAGUGGUUCGAUUUCACGACGCAGCCGGCGCGGACGAACCUGCGCGUCGGCCUCAGAGGCGGCGUCUCCACGUACGUGUUCGACGGCGAUAGGAUCGACUACGGGAAGGCGCGCAUGGACGGGCCCACGGGGGGGUUCGUGGCGAUGUCUGACCGGGAAACGCCUCCGCCGCGUGCGUUUGUAGAGAAGAAAAACGGUGGCGUGGACGACGACGCGGACGGCGUCGUCGGCGCGUUGCUCGGAAGGUUGAGCGGCGUCGUCGAGGAAAAGAUGGAACGCCGGAGGACGGCGCGGGAGAACAAAGCGUCCGGGAACGAGCUCAUGAAGGGCGGGAUGCCGAUGGACGAGGUGUGGGCGCGGAGCGAGUUCCUCGUGCCGCUGUCGCAGCGCGUGAAGGACCAGUACAACGACAUCAUACGCGACUGGAUGAGGAAUAGCCGCGUGCAAGACUCGUGA